AUGCAAGAACACGAAGGCACGCUACAUCCUGUCCGCUUCUGUGGUCGAGUUCUCAAAGAAGCGGAAAUGAAUUACCAUACUGCCGAAAAAGAGGUGCUCGCGCUGCUCUUAUUGCUGAAAGUGUAUUACACCCAGUUGGCAGGGCGGACCUUACACGUCUAUACGCGGUUUUCGACGCUCGACUGGGUACAUCGUUCAAAGUCACUGUUUGGUCGAGCUGUUCAGUUCUCAGUACUGCUAUCGCCAUGGCACUUGAAGGUGAAGCGGGUUAAGGAGAAGGAUUGCGCAUUUGCUCAACUCUUACAGUCUACGAUUACAAAUUUCGUUGACCUCGAGGACUCGUUGGCAUCUGUAGCGCCACCGACGAAAGGCUUGCCUACAGUGCGUAUGGAUCCGAACUUGCUCUAUGCUCGCCUACCCAAGGACUACCGAGGAUUCGUCAUGUCUUUCGACGGAUCAGCUAAAACAGAGAAGUUCGGAGGCUACGGGAGCUGUUCGUGGAUUAUUUGGCGACUCCCCGAAUGGCAAAUAGUGAUCGCUGCGAGUGCUUAUCUUGAGCACACAACAGUGAACCUUGCCGAAUAUACGGGAAUGAACCACGGUGUAUUAGCUGCUUUAGGGCACGGUGUCGAAGACUUGGUAAUAGUAGGUGACUCAAGACUCGCAAUCCAGCAAUCCCUAGGGGUGAUCGUGUGCAGGAAGGAGUCGAUAAUAGCUUUGCUGAAUCGCCACAAAGAACUUACAGCGAGGCUUCGGUCUACAAAGUAUCUACAUGUAGUGAGAGAGUAUAACGCUGCAGCUGACUCGUUGGCGAGCGAACCGCUGGAGACGAAAGUGUCGAAGGUGGUGCUCAGUUCGGACAGGAAGGCGGAGCUUUCUAGCCUAAACAGGAUACCCGAAGUUAUUUACAAAUCUAUUGACGCAUGCUCCAACGACAUAAAGGCGAGUUCCGACAAUUUCGUUCAAAUUCUGGAUGCUGUGGAGUUGCCAAAACGCCGGACAUUCGCGGAUUUUGUUCGAUCUGAGCGUGGCGAAGUCUCAGUGAUGACAAGACGACAGAAGAAAGUACAGAAACGUGUUCGAUUUGCUGAUGUGACCCCUGCUGACAACCAGGAUAAAGCAAGUGAGUAG